ACCGCGCGGCGGGCCGCGUCGUCUGUAGUGAUCCUGCUGGAGGCAGAGGCACACAGUUGCGGACUGGGCUGACCAGGUCUGUUGGGGCAGCGCGUCCGCGGCCAUGGGGGGCUUGAAAGACGAACUGCUCAAAGCCAUCUGGCACGCCUUCACCGCGCUCGACCUGGACCGCAGCGGCAAGGUCUCCAAGUCGCAACUCAAGGUCCUUUCCCAUAACCUGUGCACGGUGCUGAAGGUUCCACAUGACCCUGUUGCCCUCGAGGAGCACUUUAGGGAUGACGAUGAGGGGCCUGUCUCCAAUCAGGGCUACAUGCCAUAUUUAAACAAGUUCAUUUUGGAAAAGGUCCAAGACAACUUUGACAAGAUUGAAUUCAAUAGAAUGUGUUGGACCCUCUGUGUCAAGAAAAACCUCACCAAGAGCCCACUACUCAUUACAGAAGAUGAUGCAUUUAAAGUGUGGGUCAUUUUCAACUUCUUGUCAGAGGACAAGUAUCCAUUAGUUAUUGUGCCAGAAGAGAUUGAAUACCUGCUUAAGAAACUGACAGAAGCUAUGGGAGGAGGUUGGCAACAAGAACAAUUUGAACAUUACAAAAUAAACUUUGAUGACAAUAAAGAUGGCCUUUCUGCUUGGGAACUUAUUGAGCUAAUUGGGAAUGGACAGUUUAGCAAGGGCAUGGAUCGUCAGACGGUGUCUAUGGCCAUUAACGAGGUCUUCAAUGAGCUUAUUUUAGAUGUAUUGAAACAGGGUUACAUGAUGAAGAAAGGCCACAAACGGAAAAACUGGACUGAGCGCUGGUUUGUAUUAAAACCCAACAUAAUUUCCUACUAUGUGAGCGAGGAUCUGAAAGAUAAGAAAGGAGACAUCCUGUUGGAUGAAAACUGCUGUGUGGAGUCUCUGCCAGACAAAGAUGGAAAGAAAUGUCUUUUUCUGAUAAAAUGCUUUGAGAAGACCUUUGAAAUCAGUGCCUCGGAUAAGAAGAAGAAACAAGAGUGGAUUCAGGCCAUCCAUUCCACUAUCCAUCUCUUGAAGCUGGGCAGCCCCCCACCACACAAGGAAGCCCGCCAGCGUCGGAAAGAACUCCGAAGGAAGCUGCUAGCCGAGCAGGAGGAGCUGGAGCGGCAGAUGAAGGAACUCCAAGCUGCCAAUGAAAACAAGCAACAGGAGCUGGAGAGCGUGAGGAAGAAACUGGAGGAAGCAGCGUCUCGUGCCGCAGACGAGGAAAAGAAACGCCUGCAGACUCAGGUAGAGCUACAGACCAGGUUCAGCACGGAGCUGGAGCGGGAGAAGCUGAUCAGACAGCAGAUGGAGGAGCAGGUUGCCCAGAAGUCCUCCGAACUGGAGCAGUAUCUGCAGCGCGUUCGGGAGCUGGAAGACAUGUACCUAAAACUGCAGGAGGCACUUGAGGACGAGAGGCAGGCCCGGCAGGAUGAGGAGACUGUGCGCAAGCUUCAGGCCAGAUUGCUGGAGGAAGAGUCUUCUAAGAGGGCAGAGCUGGAAAAGUGGCACCUGGCACAGCAGCAGGCCAUUCAGACAACAGAGGCGGAGAAGCAGGAGCUGGAACAGCAGCGCGUCAUGAAGGAGCAGGCUCUGCAGGAGGCCAUGGCACAGCUGGAACAGCUGGAGUUGGAGCGGAAGCAGGCCCUGGAGCAGUAUGAGGGAGUUAAAAAGAAGCUAGAGAUGGCAACAAAUAUGACCAAGAGCUGGAAGGACAAAGUGGCCCAUCAUGAGGGAUUGAUACGAUUGAUAGAACCAGGUCCCAAGAACCCUCACCUGAUCACCAACUGGGGACCUGCAGCAUUCACGCAGGCAGAGCUCGAGGAGAGAGAGAAGAGCUGGAAAGAGAAGAAAACCACAGAGUGACAGCUGUCCCAGCGGCCACCCAGUCAGUCACAUCAGUGAGGAGUCAAGAGCUUCGUACCUGGGACAAGGACACUGGCUUUGCUGCUUCUAGUCUUCCCUCAGGGUUCCAGCAGGGUCCAUGUGCUGAGGACGCCAUAUUUACCUUCUAGCCAUGUCUCAGCUCUCUGAGGCGAGAACAUAGGCACGGGUGUGGCUGGGGCCACCUUCACUGUCGCCUUCUGCAGCGCUUGCAGCCCCUGGUCUCAGCCCCCCUGGGAUGGGAGGUCAGCUGCCUCCUCAGGCAGCACAGUCCCUCUGCUGAUUGGCUGGUCAGCUGGCCUUUUCGUGUCAGGUGGCAUGGCAAGCCUUUGUUGUUGGUGCUCUGAUGGAUAAGUCUCCAGUCACUGCCCUUGUGGAUGGGAUCUGGUUGGUGACGAUUCCCAGCUUCAGCUUCCCUCCCUGACCAUCACACACUUGGCAUGCUUCAUUUGCAUUUUCUUUCCCCUCACCUCAAAGCAAAACAUUUCCUGGCCCAGUGUCUCAACUUAGUUCUUUGGGUAUUCUGUCCCUGGCUGAUGCUAGUCUGUUGAAAUCAAUGGUGACUGGAUAGUUUGGGGGGUUAUAUGGGCACAGUGGAAGCUGACAGAAUGUGGGCUGGUAAGAUGUAAAGUGUCACAGGAUAAUGGCAAGCCUUGUGGCUUUCAGAAGGACUAUGUCUCUCUGCCUUUCCCUCCAAGGAUGACACAGGUCACAGUUUCUGUGCCUCUUGUUUGAGGAAUAUUUUCAGCUCUAAUCUGGUCUGAGACUGAGAAUGUUGUUUAGGAAAGGAAGUCUUACCACACUAGUCGGACUCUGUAACAAGCAGUAACUCCAUGGACAGCCAGGAUGCUUUACAUUAUAAACAGGAAGGUGAUCUGUGUGUUACAGAAAAGGUGGAAUUCAGUAGCAGAGCAGGGAACCCUGAGUGUCCUGGUCCAGCCUGGUCUCAGAGCAGAAAGGAGGCCAUUCCAGACAUCUGCAAGUCUAGAGAUAGAUUCCAGUGUUCCUAGCAUCUACAUGACGACUGGAUAGAAUUCCAUUAGUCUCUACCUUUUAUGACUGGAAAACAUUUGUCAAUGGAAGUCUUACCAAUUCUUAAGAGUUUGGGCUGCUUAAUAAAAGUAAUUUUAUUUAAUGUUUAUAGUUGCCUUCAUACAGUCUAGGUUUGUAUGCAAAGUAUCACUGUGUCAUGAACAUUCUUAUUUAGCAGAUAACUUGGGUGUAGGUUUGGGCCUGGCCGUUUACCCAUCAUGUUUCCUUAUCAGUACUGCUGGGAAUCAGACCCAGGGGACCAGAGUCUCCCCUAUGGCUUGAUGAUGUCUCCUAGAGACCUCAGUGUCCCUGGAGAGAAGAGGAAAAGUAACUCCAAGAAGGUACUGACCGGUGUUGAAAUGUCUGGACGGAAGCGGGGGCCUGGGGGCUCAGGGGAGACUAUGGUAAAGGGAUUGUGGUGUCCAGACUGGCAGAGCCUCCCUCCUUAAACCUGGACUGUCUUACAGCACAGCCAGAGGCAUGGCCCGCAGCUGCCACGGCCCUCCUUGUCUGGUCUGUGGGCCUGAGCACUGCAUGCUCCCUCCUGCAGUGCUGUAUGGGCUGUGCAGAAGUGUCUACAGUCUGUAGUGUUUGUUACUGCUUGCCACACCGCCUUCAGAAGCACUGUGUCUGGGAAGUGAAAGUCCUUCCCAGAAGGAAGACCGCACAGAUGGGAACUGUGCGGCUCCCAUUUGGGCUGAUGCUCUGAUGACCGUGGGCUCUCCUGACACUCCAGGCACUCUCAGCUCAGUGCCUAUAGACCUUGCCUCAUCUCUGUAAUAACUGUAGGAAACUUCGGGAGUGUCUGUCUAUGUGUUCAUUGUAAUUAGCCCUUUCCUCCAAUGAGAGAUGAGAUUAUCUGCAGGAAUUAUGAAUGAAAAGCAUUUGAAAAUGUUUUGGGAUCUACUAUAUUGAAAAUAAACAAAAUAUUUAUAAUUUUAAAGCAUUCUUAUAUGCACGUUGUACAAUGUAAUAUGCUCUACUUUCUUCUUUUUUUUGCUAAUUUUUCUAAGAUAUUAAAAUGUUUGGUUUCUAUUUUUUAGUACAGUGGACUCAAUAACAAAAUUCAACAUACCAGAUUAUCAUACAUUUUAAACCAGUCUAAUAAAACAGAGUAAAGUGUG